AUGUUGUCCAUCGUCUUAGUAACCUACAGCAUAAUUAUACUCGCCAUAUGUUUGGGUCAUAGCGAAGGUCAUAUUCCUAGAUGAAAGAAAUCUUUCAGCAAUCAUCACUGAACGAUCCGGUUUGAAUACUUGCUUACGAUGACAUUUGAAGUUAAAUUGGUCUAGGAAGAAUGCAUUCUUAAGUUCCUCACAAUACACCAUACCAUCUGCGGGAUUGAGAUAGACCUUUUCUGGAUUAACAGCUUCUCCGGCGUGAUUUUUCAAUAACAGUACUCUGAGAAUAGCAUUUGCUACUCCCUCGACCGUCCGCUCCGUUCCACUUGCGGCUGCUGCCAUCACCGGCUCGGUUUUGCCAGUCCAUUCUCGAGUUCCUCUAAUGAGCUGCAUCGCUAUCAUUUGUGCAUUUACUGACAUGACUUGAAGCGAUAACUCUGCCAGAUUUGGUUGUGCCUUCAUGAAAGCCUCAUAGACAACUUUUAUGAUGAAUGCGGUCAGAAACGAAAGAGUUCUGGAAUGUCUUCGCUUUGGUAUGACUAACGUUAAACCACGAUGCGUCACCUUAUCGUAAGUCAGACGAUAAUACAUCAAUUGGUCCGCUACAUCUUCAUCGCUCCCGGUGCUUGUCGCAAAUAUCUCUACUGCCCUUUUCGCUUCUUCAGGGGUGAUCGUGAUUGUAUCUCUUGUAGACAAAUUCCCUAUAUCUCUGUAAUAAGUAACAGACGUGUCAAAAAAAUCGUACACCACUAA